AUGUCCGACUACGAAGUCACCCUAGUCAACAACAAGAUGUCUGAAUUCUAUGUCCUCUUCCACGGCCCCACAGAAACUCCGUUCCAAGGUGGGGUCUGGAAGAUCCACGUAGAGCUCCCCGAACAGUUCCCGUACAAGUCGCCCAGUAUCGGGUUUAUGAACAAGAUCUUUCAUCCUAAUAUUGAUGAGAUGAGUGGAAGUGUUUGUCUGGAUGUGAUUAACCAAACGUGGUCACCGAUGUUUGAACUCAUCAACAUUUUCGAAAUCUUCCUUCCCCAACUCCUUCGCUACCCGAACGCCGCCGAUCCUCUAAACGGCGAAGCCGCCUCCCUCCUCAUGCGCGACCCCAAGGGCUAUGCCCAAAAAGUCGAAUCCUACGUCGAACGCUACGCUUCAGCCCAAGACGCCGAUGAAGCCGGGGAAGAAGACUCGGAAGAUGAGGAUGAGGGUCUACCGCGGCCGAAAGCCAAGGCGAAUGGGACGGAUGGGACAGCUGGGUCGGCCACGGGGACGGGGGCGAAUGGGCAUGCGAAUGGGAAUGGGGGUGGGAAUGCGGAGGAUGAGGAGGAGGAAGAGGAUGAUGACGACAAGAUGAGUGAUAUGGGAGAGUUUAGUGAGGACGAAGAUGAUAUUAUGGGCAAGAUGGACAGCGACUAG